AUGGAGAACUACCAGAAACUUGAAAAGAUCGGCGAGGGCACCUAUGGCGUCGUCUACAAGGCCCGCGAUCUCGCCAAUGGCGGCCGUAUCGUGGCCCUGAAGAAGAUCCGCCUCGAGGCCGAAGACGAGGGCGUCCCGUCGACCGCCAUCCGCGAGAUCUCGCUGCUCAAGGAAAUGCGCGAUCCCAACAUUGUCCGCCUGCUCAACAUUGUCCACGCCGAGGGUCAUAAGCUGUACCUCGUCUUCGAGUUCCUCGACCUUGACCUCAAGAAGUAUAUGGAGGCCCUGCCCGUGGCCGAAGGCGGUCGCGGCAAGUCACUGCCGGAGGGAACCAACGCUGAGCUUAGCCGUCUCGGCUUGGGCGAUCAGAUCAUCAAGAAGUUCAUGAGCCAGCUGUGCGAAGGCGUUCGCUACUGCCACAGUCACCGGAUCCUGCACCGCGAUCUGAAACCUCAGAACUUGCUGAUCGAUCGUGAGGGCAACCUCAAGUUGGCCGAUUUUGGUCUCGCCCGCGCCUUUGGCGUCCCGCUGCGCACAUACACUCAUGAGGUUGUUACUCUGUGGUACCGUGCUCCGGAGAUUCUGCUCGGUGGUCGCCAGUACUCGACUGGUGUCGACAUGUGGUCGGUCGGCUGCAUCUUCGCCGAGAUGUGCACACGCAAGCCUCUGUUCCCUGGAGACUCUGAGAUUGACGAGAUCUUUAAGAUCUUCCGCCUGCUCGGCACCCCUACUGAGGAGAUCUGGCCCGGCGUUACGAGCUAUCCCGACUUCAAGCCGACCUUCCCCAAGUGGGUUCGUGACCACUCGGUUCCCCUGAUCCCGAACCUCGACGAGACCGGUCUCGACCUCCUUGAGAUGAUGCUUACCUACGACCCGGCCAGCCGCAUCUCGGCCAAGCAGGCCUGCAACCACCCCUACUUCGAGGACUACCCCCGCCCGAACUAUGACCGCUACCACAACUAG